CCGGCACCAUGGCCUCCACUCCACAUGGUUCAUGGCAUCAAUAAGCAGGGGCGUAAGCCAACCUCGCGAAGAUGCCCGCCUCUCCCCGAUCGUGAAGGGCCGGCCGGAUAGAUUACUGCGAUAGUUAUAUAUCUGGCUCGUGUGUAUAUAAAGGCCGGCACUGGCCUUCCAGUUCUCCCAUCCAUUGCCAUUGUCAUCCAUCUCUCGUGUGAGCAGCAAUGGGUUUCGUUCACAAGGGUGGGGUUUGGUGCUUCCUCCUGCUCGCCGGGGUGCUGCUGGCUGCGGCGGCGGCAGGCGCGGAGCAGGACGAUGGGGCGGUGGUCACUGCCGCCCCGGAGGUGGAGGAGGAGGUCGGCCGGCGCGUUGAUGGUCAGGGCAACGACUCGUGCGACAUCAAGUGCCAACACCACCAAGUUCCGGCGAGGAAAAAGCAGUGCGUGGACGAGUGCCACAGUCGGGAGCAUCAUCACCCCAGCAGAGCGUCUUGCGAGACGAAGUGUAGCCUCUGGCAAGACCCGACGAGGAAGGAGCAGUGCGUGCAACAGUGCAUGCGCCGCGGCCUCAGCGUCGAUGUGGGCGGCAGCAACGGCGUCAACGAGCACCCCCACGCCCAGGAGGAGGAGCCCGGUCGGCGCAGCAACGACAUGUGCGACAAGAAGUGCCAACACCACCAAGUUCCGGCCAGGAAAAAGCAGUGCGUCGACGAGUGCCACAGCCGGGAGCAUCGUCCCCCAAGCAGAAAGUCUUGCGAGACCAAGUGUAGCCACUGGGUAGACCCGACGAGGAAGGAGCAGUGCGUGCAAUACUGCAUGCGCUACGGCCUCAGCCUCAAUGCCGGCGGCAGCAACGCCGUCGACGAGCGCCCCCACGCCCAAGAGGAGGAGGUCGCCCGGCGUGCGUGCGACUGGGAGUGCCGCCUGUCCUGCCAGACGAAGUGUAAAAACUGGAAAGAUCGGACCAAGCACCAAGAGUGCGUGCGACAGUGCAUCCGCGGCAGCAACAGCGCCGUCGACGAGCAACUCCGCGGCUGGGAAGCGGUGGCCGGAGCCAUCAUCGAGGCGGUGUGA